AUGAGUGGUAGCUCUGGUGCGGCUGACGGCACGUCCGCCACAGGAAACGGCGUUGCUAUCGCUGGUGUGCAGCAGGGCUACAUCCAUAACUUUGGGCCUUUCGUGAUGAGCUUCGCGCAGCCGUGCAGCAGCGGUGUUGGUGGCAUGAUCCAGAGCGUGGCUACCGCCUGCGGCAGCAGUCACCCUUCGUCUUUCAACUCUUUCGAGCUGCCAACAAUCACGCCACCGCUGCUACCUCAGCCCGACUUCUACGUCGCCGCAGCCGCCGCCCAAGCGAACGACUUCUACUACCACUCUUCUCAGCCUCACUUCGCCGAUUCGCCGCUGACCUCGGUAGAGCUGUGCGGCACCGGCACCCGCAGUGCCAGCCCAGUGACGGGGAACGGGUCGACACCUUCCAUCGCCGGCGUAAACGGGUAUGGCUUCAUGGAGCCAGCUGCCGGAUCCGUCUUCAGCAGCUGCAGCUUCAGCAGCUCCCGCUUUCCUCAGUGGUAUCUACCUCGAGGGUACUACUCCAUUUCUUGCUCCAACGCCGUUGGCGGUAGCUGCGGCAGUGGCUGUGGGCUGUACGCCGACUGCGCGAGCAGCGGCAUUACGCCCACCUCAGUCUCGAUGGGGCAGAACUCUACGGAGGAGGAGAUGAUCAGCAGCUCACAUGGGCGGUCGCAUUACGUCGUGGUGCCGCCGCCUCCGCCGCGACUCUCGCCCCAGUUGAGCUCUGGCACACUGGUCCCGUUUGCGCUGCCUCCCGCGUACGCGGCCACAGCGGCCGGCAAUGAUGCGCAGUCGAUCGGUGUGCCGCCCACAUACCCGUCUGGCGUGAUGGAGUUGUCGUCCUCGGCCUCCUUGUCAACCAGCUCGCCCGCGUCCAGGGCGGCGCGAACCCCGCAGUUCCUCGCGUACGACGGCCGUGCCUACGACAUUCCAUUAUGCAAGGCACAUAUCAGCAGCGCCGACGCCGCGGCUGCCGUGGCGCAGUGCCCACUCGUGGCUUGUGCCCAGCGUGGAGGCUACAGGCAGGUGGACGCUGCCCAGCCCAUUCGCAUGUCGACUCGGAAGUCGGGCACGCCGUAUGACAUGCACGCGUAUCCUCGCGUGACGUCUCCACUUACUCAGCGCCCCUUGCCGCAUAGUCAUCGGGGGAGCACCAGUGCCGCGUUAGAGACGGCAGAGAGGACCUGCUCGCCAGAGGAGAGCGCGCUGCUGGCGGACGUGCACGCGCGGCUGUUGCGGCAGCACCGCUCCUCUCAGCUGCUCAGGGAGCGCUCCGCGGCCCAGAGGGCCGGUGUUAAGCCGCUGUCGCGCCGCGACCUCGUCGUACUUGCCAAAACUCCAGCCUCGGAGACAAAAGUCGGCGCCAACGGCUCUAGCAACGACGUUGCUUCUAUCAGUGCUAUGGCCGCCGAAGAGGCGGCGGUGGCGGCGCUGUCGCCCAUUCCACGGCUUCCCGCCGCAGGCGACGUGGAUGCCGAGACAUCGGACCAGUCGCUGUGGGAAGGCGACGAGGCGGCCGCGCAGGCUCCUACUCAGGAUGCUCUGGAUCGGGUGUUGACGGUGCCGGGUGUCGUAUGGCGGCACGACCCGUAUAGCCGCAUCCUUCUGCCGCAGGCCCAGGCCACUGUCGAGAGCGACGGCAGCGAGGCGACCAGCACAUCAAGCUCCUCGCUGCCCGCCGGCAGCCCCUACGUCACACGCGCCACCCUCGGUUUCUCUGACCGCGGUGAGGCCACGGCCAGCGUCACGCAGCCGCCUCGUUCGCCGGACAUCUCGGCCGGUACGAACGGCAGCAGCGGCAACAGCGCCGACGGGGUGCGACCUAGCCCCCGUCGCCUGCCGACAAAGAAGGUAUGCGUGCGUCAUUACGUGAACGGUGACGGCGACUUGUCGCUCAGCCACGAACGCGGUGGGGUUGUCGGCGCACUUCUGAGUGUGAGGGAGGCAGCACCCACCGCCAUCGUCCCUGUUGCUCUCUUUGCAAGUGGCGCCUCCGCACCGCUCCGUCACUCGGCCUUUAUGGACGAUGAUGAGGACGGUGCCGUUCCAGCGGCCCCGUCAGAUACAGAACCGAUAACUGCGCUCACGGUCACCGCCCCGGCCCCUGCGGAGCGUGGCGCGACGUCGGUACCGAAGCCGCGCUCGAAGCAGAUGGGCCUCCCUGCGCCGGCCAGAGGCGCGAAGGCGGUUGCCACCAAAGACGACUCUGUCGUGUCCACCGAUUCUUCGUCCCCCGUCUCGUGUGCGUCUGGGCACCUUAGAGCGUCGCACGGGACGUCGUCGUCGAUACUCGAUGUCGUAGUCCCGGCUGAAGGACUUGGUAAUGAGGACCUCUCGCCGGCCUCAGGCGUAGUCGGCGCCUCCGCUGACCCCGCUGCUGCGGCAGUGGUGUGGCCGGUGCUACGCCGCCCAAGUGCGUACGCUUCGCCCUUAGACCUCAGCGCGGCCCGCUCCGCGUACCAGUCGGCGUCGAGGUGGGCGUGGCGGCCGCGCAGCGCGCGCGUGUCCCCCCUGGCGCAGUCGGCAGAGAUGACCUCGACGAAAGAGGAGCCGCUCCCUGCCAACCUGGCCGACCUCGACACGAGCCACCUUCUUCGCCUGUGGCAGAAGCUGGACUCAAGCGGCUGCUUCCGUGAUGCGCUCGAGCUUCGGCGAUGCGUGAUUGGGCCUGGUAGCAACAGCUCCACCCGCGUACUGCGCCGCAUGUUACCCCUCUCUCGCCGCCUGAUGAACCGCCGGCGUGGCCUGGAGGUCGAGAGCGGAAACGGACCGCGCUUUACCGUGUUGGACGAGUCGGAGAUGAAGUUUGUGUGCUUGCUGCAGCACCGCUUCCGCAAGAGCACAGCCGUCGCGUCAGAGCACUACGCCCCUGGUACGAUGGUGGUCGUGGAUGGAGACAUGGGUGUCGACACCGGCAUCGUCACGCUCUCCAUGACGCGCGACGAGUACGAGGUCAUGACGGAUGUGCAGCGACGUGCCGCUCACCUCGUCGUACACCUGGAAUUUUCGCUUGCCGCCUCCAUUCACCGCGCCGCCCUGGCCGACGAGAUCCUGAUGCAUGGCAACACGCAGCUUCCCCUCGAGGAUGCGACACUGGAGUUCCUUCGGUACCUGACUACGCAGCCGCACCUGUUUCAGAGCUGCCGUGUGGAGUGGAUGCACUUUAUGGAUGUGGAGUUCCAGGCGGACGGGCAGAAGCUCUAUGUGCACUACACUUGCGAUACCCCGGUGCGUUUUCUCGAGCUGGCCACGUUCCUCAACCACAUCUUUCACUGUCGUAUCUGGAUGAAGGUGGUCAAGGAGGAGGACUGGUGA